UCCUCGUCCGGCGGCCGCAAGGAGCGGACCAUGGCCGGCAGCCGCCGCCGGGAAGGCUCCGCGCCGGGCACGGCCCCGCCGCCAGGUCCCCCCGGGGGCAGCGGGCCCUGGGCUCGGGGUUAGAGCCUCGCCCUCGGGCGGGCGCGGGGCCAUGGGCACGGCGUCGUCCCUGGUGAGCCCGGCGGGCGCUGUCGGGGAGGUGAUCGAGGACACGUACGGCGGCGGCGGCGGCGAGGCCUGCGAGAUCCCGGUGGAGGUGAAGCCCAAGGCGAGGCUGCUGCGCGGGUCCCUGCGGCGCGUCGGCGGCUCCCGGCCCGGCGGCCUCAUCGGGGCCAGCUUCAAGUCGACGGCCUCGGUGCAGGAGCUGGAGUGCGUGGCCGAGUACGAGCGCCUGAGGAAAGAGUACGAGAUCUUCCGCGUCAGCAAGAACAACGAGGUGGCCUCCAUGGUGAAGAAGGAGGCCAAGCUGGACAGGGAGAACAAGCGGCUGCGCGCCGAGCUGCAGGCACUUCAGAAAACAUACCAGAAAAUACUAAGAGAGAAAGAAAGUGCAUUAGAAGCUAAAUACCAAGCCAUGGAGAGAGCUGCUACUUUUGAACAUGAUCGAGACAAGGUCAAAAGGCAAUUCAAGAUUUUUAGAGAAACUAAAGAAAAUGAGAUUCAGGACUUACUGAGGGCCAAACGAGAGCUAGAAGCAAAACUCCAGAGACUCCAGGCUCAGGGAAUCCAAGUGUUUGAUCCUGAAGAGUCUGAUUCUGACGAUAAUUGUACAGAUGUUACAGCUGCUGGGGCGCCAUCUGAAUACUGGAAUGGAGGAGUGUUGGGAAGUGAGCCAUCCAUGGGUAGUAUGAUGCAACUUCAGCAGUCUUUCAGAGGGCCUGAAUUUGCUCAUAGCUCUAUAGAUGUCGAGGGACCAUUUGCAAAUAUAAACAGAGAUGAUUGGGAUGCUGCUGUUGCCAGUUUAUUGCAGGUUACUCCUCUGUUUUCCCACUCUCUGUGGAGUAACACAGUAAGGUGUUAUAUUAUCAGUACUGAUGAGACCCAGCCAGAAGUGACCAUCUUCAUUAGAAACUACUCUCCAAAACUUCAGAGAGUCUGUGAAACAAUGGGGUACUUCUUUCAAGUUGUUAAUUUUUCAACAGAGAAUGAAAGGCCUCUUCAGGAUGUAAGAAAAUGGGAAAUUGAAAAAAGUUCAUUAGUAAUUUUGCUCCUGCAUUUAACUUUGCCAAGUUGUUUGUUGGAGGACUGUGAAGAAGCCUUCUUGAGAAAUCCAGAAGAAAAACCCCGGUUAAUUUACCACAGAAGGGAGGAUGGCAAAGUCAGUUCAGUCUCAGUGCAGCAGUUAAUUGAGCAAAUUUCUUGCAUGAACAAAGCAAAGAUGAUUGACCAUGUUGGAGGUAUGGAGGAAGGAGCAUAUGAAAUCUAUAAUUCUGUGGAAAAAAUAAUUAAACAGGAUAUAUUGGGGUGUGAAAUGACAGACCUAGAAGGCAAGGAUCUGGGUAAUAAGGAAGACUCCGCUGCUCCUGAAGAAGAAGUUUUUGGUGAUGUAUUGUGGGAUGCACAUGAUGAACAAGAACAGAUGGAAGCUUUUCAGCAGGCCUCUAAUUCAACAUGUGAGCUGGGAUUUGAGAAAUAUUUUGAACGUCUGAAUGACCUAGUAGCAGCACCAGCACCAAUUCCACCAUUGCUUGUAUCAGGAGGACCAGGCUCUGGGAAAUCUCUCCUUCUGUCUAAAUGGAUUCAAUUACAGCAGAAGCAUUCACCAAACACUCUAAUUCUUUACCACUUUGUUGGGAGGCCCAUGUCUACUAGUUCAGAGUCUGCAUUGAUAAUUAAGCGCCUUACUCUGAAGCUUAUGCAACACUCUUGGUUAGUAUCACCUCUGACUUUUGAUCCAGCUAAACUUCUGGAAGAGUUUCCCCGUUGGCUGGAAAAGCUUUCUGCACGCCAUCAAGGCAGCAUUAUUAUAAUUAUUGACUCUAUUGACCAAAUACAGCAAGCUGAGAAGCAUAUGAAGUGGUUGAUAGAUCCUCUGCCAGUGAACGUGAGAGUGAUUGUAUCAGUGAAUGUAGAAACGUGUCCGCAGGCGUGGAGGUUAUGGCCCACUCUUCAUCUUGAUCCACUGCAUUCCAAAGAUGUUAAAUCUCUCAUUAGUGCAGAAUGUAACUCUGCAAAUGUUAAACUGACUAAAGAGCAGGAGAAGAAGCUUGAGAGACAUUGUCGUUCUGCCACAACUUGCAAUGCUUUGUAUGUCACUCUUUUGGGCAAAACCAUUGCUUGUGUUGGAAAUACAGGAAAUAUUGAUGAGAUUCUUCAGCAGUGUUGCCAGUGUCAAGACACAGUGUCACUGUACAGGCUUGUUCUGAGAUCAAUUCAGGAAUCAUUGCAGAGUGAUAACGAGAAAGAUCUUUUGAGAGAGAUACUGUGUGUCAUUGGUGUCAGCCACAAUGGGGUCAGUGAGUCAGAGCUGAUGGAGCUUUAUCCUGAGCUGACUUCUGCAGUGCUGGCCUCACUCCUUCAUAGCCUGCACAAAAUGUGUCUGCUGACAUAUGGCUGUGGUUUGCUGAAGUUCCAGCACCUCCAGGCUUGGGAGAUGGUAAAACUAGAGUAUAUGGAAGCAGGUGAAAAUGUUAUUUCUGCCUAUAGACAAAAACUAGUGGAAUAUUUCACCAUGCAGUUAAGUCAAGACCGAGUGACUUGGAGAAGUGCAGAUGAACUUCCCUGGCUCUUCCAACAGCAGGGUGAUAAGCAAAAGCUACACAAGUGUCUUUUGAAUCUCUUUGUGUCCCAAAACCUUUACAAAAGGGGACAUUUUGCAGAAUUGCUGAGUUACUGGCAGCUGGUUGGGAAAGAUAAGAGCUCUAUGGCAGCUGAGUAUUUUGACUCUCUGAAAGAAUAUGAAAAAAGCAGUGAGGGAGAGGAAAGUAUGAUCUGCCUGGCUGAUCUUUAUGAGACCCUGGGACGGUUUCUAAAGGACCUAGGUCUUCUCAGUCAGGCUGUAGCUCCUCUGCAGCGCUCUCUGGAGAUUCGAGAGACCGCGCUGGAUCCAGACCACCCCAGGGUGGCACAGUCACUCCACCAGCUGGCAGGAGUGUAUGUUCAGUGGAAGAAGUUUGGAAAUGCUGAACAGCUGUAUAAGCAGGCACUGGAAAUCUCUGAAAACGCCUAUGGAGCUGAACACCCUCGGGUGGCCCGUGAACUUGAUGCACUUGCAACCUUGUACCAAAAGCAGAACAAAUAUGAACAAGCUGAGCAACUGAGGAAAAAGUCCUUCAAAAUACGCCAGAAAGCAGCAAGGCAGAAAGGCAGUCUGUGUGGCUUUGCUCUCCUGCGUCAAAGAGCCCUGCAACUGGAAGAGCUCACAUUAGGCAAGGAUACAUCAGAUAAUGCUCGAACCCUAAAUGAGCUUGGAGUCCUCUACUACCUGCAGAAUAAUCUUGAGACAGCAGAGCUUUUCCUGAAGCGCUCCUUGGAAAUGCGGGAGCGAGUGCUAGGGUCCGACCACCCAGACUGUGCACAGUCUCUGAACAACCUGGCAGCCCUGUACAAUGAGAAGAAGCACUAUGACAAGGCUGAGGAGCUCUAUGAAAAAGCUUUGGACAUCAGGAGGAGAGCCUUGGCUCCAGAUCAUCCCUCCUUGGCUUACACUGUGAAACACCUGGCAGUGCUGUACAAAAAGAUGGGAAAGCUUGACAAGGCUGUUCCUCUGUAUGAGCUAGCAGUAGAAAUUCGACAGAAGUCAUUUGGCCCAAAACACCCGAGUGUAGCAACUGCUCUGGUAAACCUGGCUGUCCUUUACUGUCAGAUGAAAAAACAGAUUGAAGCUUUGCCUCUCUAUGAACGUGCACUAAAGAUUUAUGAAGACAGCUUUGGCCAAAUGCAUCCUCGUGUGGGGGAAACACUGAAAAACUUGGCUGUGCUGAGCUAUGAAAGGGGAGACUUUGAGAAGGCAGCUGAACUUUACAAGAGAGCUAUGGAAAUAAAAGAAGCAGAGACUUUGUUGAUAGGUGGAAAAGCAACUUCUCGACACUCAUCAAGUGGAGACACAUUCAGCUUAAAAAGUGCAUUAUCACCAAACGCUUUGCUGGAACACGGACAAAGGUGAUACAAACCUGCUCCAAGAAGAGGCAGUCUCUAUUGGUAUUUUCAAGUAGACAGAAAAUUACUGAGAUAAAUCCAUUUUUCUAAGGAUUAUGUACUGUUUUGGGACUGACACCUGUCUUCAUGAAUUCUGCCUUAACUUUGCAGACUGUAUGGUACAAAGCGAGCUUCUUUCAUUGUUCAUAGGUACACACAUUAGUUACUAGCUCCGGUUGUAGCUAAUACCAAAAACAUGGACUUGAUGCCUCCUAGCCCAAGUGCAAGAACUAUAACAAAUUAGGCUGAACCACUUGUAUAAACUCUAAGAGGCAUUUCUUACUUCUGUGUUGUAACAGCAUGACUUAGAGAAUUUGUGUAUUUUUGUAUCAUCAAUCCUUCCUGCCUUUUUACAAGCCUUUAAAGUUCUUUCUGAUAGGAAUUUUGAACAAACUUUGAAAAUACUGUUUAACCUCAAGUUUUACCUGCAGGGUUAUUUCAGCUUAAGCAAACUUUCAUUCAAGGGAGUUGUGCAAAAUUAAGUGGUUUCUGUGGGAAACUAGGGUAUCUAAAUAUAUCAUCAUCAUCUACAGUUAAAGCUGUUGAAGGAUUCCACUCUGUUCAAUAAAAAUACUUCCAGUGAGGAAUCAGAAUGAAGAUGAUUAUGGCCAGAUUUCCUGUUCUUAAACCUUUAGCAAUACACCUACUGUUUAGUCUUACUGAAUCCCUUAAAAUACAAGAAUGGUUGUAUUAGCUGGGAAAAACUAGUCAUGCAAAGUUGAUUGCCAUCAGAUAAAGAAGUGUUAAUCAAAUCUACCUACCUGUUGUAUUUCUUAAUACCUGAGUCAUUGGAAGAAUCAGUCUGAGUUCUAUUCUCAUUCAGUCCAUAAAUGUAUGCGUAAGUUUAAAUACAUACUAAAAAAAGACAUUUUUAUAAAAUAAGAAAUGUAAGUGCAAAAUUAUUUGAAAUCCUACUGUAAUAUUUCAGAGGCAACUAAUGUUAAUUUGAUCCAGUUUCAAAAAUGCAAAUGGCCUUCACUUCAAAGGAGUACUUGCCUUCCAAGUGUUUUUUCUCUUUUAUAGCACAAUUAAAUAUUACUCAUUUCAGCCCUUGUUCUGAUUAGGAGGAAUUUAGUAUUUUGGUAAUGCAGUAAAUUGGCAAAAGAAAAGGUAUAUAAAACUGACAGCACAAAUUUAAAACCAAAAUUUGAUUUUUAAGAUUAAAGUUUAGUUGAAAACAAAAAUCAAAAAUAGUUAUUGAAGGUGUUAUGAUAGAGCACUGAUAGUUGACACUUCAGAAUAGCUCUCUGGAUAUUUUCCUCAUUCAGAAAAUGGGUUUGUAAGCAAAGCAACAGUUUACCACUCUAUUUCAGCCACCUUGAAAAGUUUUGAACAUUGGAAGGUUCUUUGCAGGAUUGUCACCAACUAAGAAGAGGAACAAAAGGAAAGACAGACAAAUACACAUGCAAAAAAAUCCCAAACAAAAAUACUCAAUCCCCCUCCCCUCCAAAACCUCAACCUACUCAGCUUGUGUGUGUUUAUGUUGCCUGAUGUUCUUAGACCCAGUAAUUCUCUCCUCUAAGGAAUUAUCAGAUGUCUGGUCUAGCUUGUCACGUCUAUUGUCUAUUGUGAUUUUACCAUGUACAGUGGUAUAUCUUCCUCUCCUAAACAGUUUCCCUUAUCGUAGCUAGUUUAAAUAAGAAGUUACUUUCUAGCGCCUCAGUGUUAUUGUUGCUGAACUGUUACUCUUCUUCCAUUGAGGAACUUCUCUCCAACUUCCUCAUUGGUUAUAGGGUUGGUUUUGGAAUAAGAAAAAGAAUUAAAAUAAAAAAUGAGUCUCUCAAAAGCAGCAGAUCCCAACCAUCCAUUGUCCUUUAGCAAAGAGGGUGAGGAACCCAUGUGCCUACCCUGUGAACCCAAAGAAAGCUUACGAGACAGCUUCCAUGGAGCUGUACCUCAUGGACAGCAAGGAAAAGUCAUUUCUAUACAUGGGAUAUGCCAGAUAAUACUUCUUUGUAGAACUCCACCUCAAAGCAGAGGGUCACCAGUUUCAAUGGAGAUUUAAUUUCACUGUCAGAAUAUCAACAUCUUAAUAAUGUUCAUGAGACGCUAUAAAAACUGAACACUUUUAGAAGACUGCCAAAUAAACAAAGCUGGACUUAAUCAUGGCAAAUGUACUUUGAUUUGUAAGUUCAUAACCAAGGACGCAAUAAAUAUUCUCUUGUGUUUUACAGUCAGAGUA